CUGGCGAAAGACACAACAAUUUCAGAAAUCAGACGGGCAGCAAGUGUCGUAGUUCAAUUCAUGUUGUGCAGUGUUGAAAAACCAAACUAAAUUCAAAAUCGGCUAAACCAGUUAAGAAAAGUGCUGAAAAUUGAAUACUCAUCAUUUAUACAUACAUCUAAGAAAAUAAAGAAAACCCUCACAAAACAAAUAGAAAAAAGGGAGCGAAAUCCUUAGAAUAAUAACCCUUAGUGUUUCAAAAGUGUUCAAAUUUGAUUGAUUGAAAUAAAAUUAUAAAACUGUGACCGUGACUUUAACAACGUGACUACAGCAUCACUGAUUUAAUAGUGAUUUGCUAAAUAAAAAAAUAAGGAGACAACAAUACGAUAGCAAACUCAGACUCUCGGUUGCAGCUGAAGGUAGCUGAUGUUCACGGGCUAAAAGAAAACAACAAUUGAAAGGAAAAUCCAUCUGCUGAAUAGAUUGCAGCACUGAAACGCUGCUAACAUCAAGAGGCAUUUGCGGCAUUAACCAGCAGCAACAUCGAUUUGUAGCUCCGUCCAUGGGCGCCGCGGCUAACAGGGUCCGGUGAAAAUGGACAAAGGCCGUGCGAGAUUGCCGCCGAAUUAGCAGAGAAGCCGCCGGAAAAUCCAACGCAAAUAUUUGCCAAAAAAAGAAAAAUCCAGGAAAAGAAAAGAGAGAACGAGGACACAAAGCCCACAAAAGCAAACAGAAAGAAGCCUUUGACAAUAGCCAAGGAAUUAGCCACAAAAGGAGCAGCGUACGCGGGUCCAUUAAGACAGUUCAUCAUCCAACCAACCAAUAUAUAGAGAUAGAUCCCAACCCCGGCUAGACUCUGGUCGUGGUCCACAUAAAUGACCGAGUCCACCCAGCUGCAGACGGCGGAGAAUAACAACGCGGGCGUGGUGAAAAUGGAGCCUCCGCCGCCGGCGACCUCCUCCGCCGCCGCUGCCGCCGCCGCCGCUGCACAUGCUCUAUCCUCGCUAUCCUCACUCUCGAUGGCGGCCACCGGCUCCUCCCUAUCGCCGGCCACGCCUCCACCCUCGGUGAAUCUGUCACAGGCGCAGCAUCAGCAGCAGCAGCAGCAGCACUAUGCCCUCAAAUGGAAUGACUUCCAGAGCUCGAUCCUUAGCUCAUUCCGGCAUUUGCGCGAUGAGGAGGACUUUGUGGAUGUGACGCUGGCCUGCGAUGAGCGUUCCUUUACCGCCCACAAGGUGGUACUCAGUGCCUGCAGUCCCUACUUCCGAAGGCUGCUCAAGGCCAAUCCCUGCGAGCAUCCAAUUGUCAUAUUGCGCGAUGUGCGAUGCGAUGAUGUUGAGAAUCUGCUAAGCUUUAUGUACAAUGGCGAGGUGAAUGUCAGCCAUGAACAGUUGCCCGAUUUCUUGAAGACCGCUCAUUUGCUGCAAAUACGCGGUUUGGCGGAUGUCAAUGGUGGUUAUCCCUAUUCCAAGGCUCUCUCUGCUGCCCUCAGUCACAGCAACAAUAACAAUACGACUGGCAACAGUCUCAGUCAUAACAAUAAUAACAAUUUGACUGAAAGCAGUAACCACAAUAAAAUCAACAGCUACUUAAUGCAGAAUCAAACGAGCAUCAGUAGCAAUAAUAAUGCAAGCAACAACAGCAACAAUAAUAAUAAUAGCAACAAUAACAACAAUAAUAAUAAUACUAGUGGAUCCCUGAACAGCAGCCUGAAUUCACCAUUCAGCACGCCACAAGUGCCGCCUCCAGUUACCGCCUCGAGUGCCGCCGCAGCCGCAGCAGCUGCUGCAUCUUUAACUGCUGCCGUUGCAGCAGCAGCCGCUGCAACAGCCAAUGCUGCAAGCAGCAGCAGCAGCAGCAGCAGCAACAACAUCUCCAGCGGACAAAGUGGCAAUGUCAGUGGCACACCAGCCAUCCAAGAGCUAAAGGCAUCCUCGGCAGCGUCGCCCGUAAGAACAACCAAUCCCAAUCCCAGCAAAGCCAGCAGCAAUCAUUGGGACCUGGUUGAAAUGGAGGGCAGCCGGAAGAGUCAUCUAACGCCGCCGCCACAGAAGCGCAUCAAGAGCGCUGAUUUGUUCCGUGCCCAACAUGGCAUCAGUCCGGAGCGGUUGCUUAUUGAUCGUGACUUUCCGGUGGCUGGACAGCAUCCGCUUACAAGGAAUCGCAGUGGUCGGGACACGUCCAAGGAUCGAGAGAGGAAUAUGGAGUUAAGGGAAUCGCUGCUGGGACAGGCAUUGGAGAACAGCAAUGGACAGCAGGCCAGUCAGAAGCACGAUCUUGGUCAGAGUGCGGGAGAGGAUUCAAAUAGCAGUGAUACGGAGCCCUCGGAUCGUGGAGAUGGUCAGCACGAUGGCACUCUUGAUGGCAUCGACAAUCAGCGCUCCCAUUCGUUCCCUAAUGCAUUCCUUGGCCUGCAGGGUAUUCCUGGUCUACUGCCAGGACCCUCUGGCAUUGGCAGUGAUUUCGUUUCCCGUCGCUCUCUGGAGAUGAGGGUACGUGCCACCGAUCCCCGUCCCUGCCCCAAGUGCGGCAAGAUCUACCGUUCGGCCCACACACUGCGCACCCAUUUGGAGGACAAGCACACCGUCUGUCCUGGCUAUCGUUGCGUCCUCUGCGGCACGGUGGCCAAGUCCCGCAACUCCUUGCACUCGCACAUGUCGCGCCAGCAUCGGGGUAUCUCCACCAAGGACCUGCCCGUGCUGCCCAUGCCCAGUGCCUUUGAUCCCGAGCUUGCCUCUCGCCUGCUGGCCAAGGCCGGGGUGAAGAUCUCCCCGGCCGAGCUGAGGGCCAGGGCCUCGCCCACCGGCGGCAGUGGCAGCAGUGGAGGUGGUGGUGGCGGCGGCAGCGGCCAAGCCAAGCUGGAUUUGAGCAAUGCCAGCGGUGGUCCACUGGACGAUGCGGAAGAUUCGGACGAGGAUCCCGAAGACCUUACCACCGGCAAUGGUCUGUAUGGAAUGGGAAGCAGCAGCGACCUGAGCCGCUACCAUGAGAGUCUGUUGAGCAACUUUGGUCAUGCCAGGAUGCGAAAUGAGGCAGCUGCAGCGGCGGCCACAGCAGCUGCUCUUGGCCAGCCCAAGGAUUUGGGUGUACAGCUACCAAGCAGCAAUGCCGCCGGUCAGUCCCUGUUGGACACCUAUCUGCAGUUUAUCACAGAGAAUACGUUCGGCAUGGGCAUGUCCCAGGAGCAGGCAGCCGCCGCUGCGUUGCGCGCCAAGAUGGCCCAACUGAAUGCAAUGGGACACAGCUUGGACAGCCUGCCGCCAGGUCUGCUGCCCGGACAGUUCGAUCUGAGCAAGCUAGCCGCUGGGAAUCCAGCCUUUGGACAGAGCGGACCCGGACUGACCAUUGAGCCUAUAAUGCGACAUGACCAGGGCCCAGGUAGCCUCUCGCCGCAUGGUCACGGACCACUGGCCCUUAACUCGGCCGGACGGAUGCAGGGACAUGAGGAGGCGGCGGACCACGAGGGCGAGAUGAGGCGCGACGGGUCGGAGCCAAUGGACUUGGGUCUAGACAACAACCAGUCGGGCAGCAACCAUGAGGUGGUCAAUUCCGAUGCCGAGGAUAAUUACUCGGAGGACGAGGGUGUGCACAACACAUAGAAGGAGCAGCGAGUUAGGGAACUUCGAUGAAUAUGAAUACGAGAAAAGAGAGAAACACAAACAGUUGUAUACCGAUUACCCAUGGAACAUAUGUAACGAGUAGCCUUAUCCUCAUGUAUACCAGUUUAUGUGUACGAUACGAUACAAUACGAUAGUGUACUAGAAUAGGACUAAAAUCAUAUUAUUUGUGCCGCUGCCAGAGCUGGCCUAGUAGAAUUCAAUGUUGUGCUUUUUAAACUACCUACCUAUACCCGAUAUAUAUAUAUACAUAUUAUAUAU